AUGAGCACUGAGAGACCUUCCAACCUAGUCAAACACUUAGGGCACAAAAGCAUUUCUUCCUUUGAAAAUAUAAGUGAUUUCUCCUUAAAUAUCACUGAUUGCACCCAGGUUGUGGUGCCAGAGGAAGUUUUUUUCACUGUUGCUGCUGCUGGAAUACUCGAAAAUCUGCUUGUCCUUAUUGCUGUUGUUAGAAAUAGGAAUUUGCACUUGCCCAUGUACUUCUUCAUUUGCAGUUUAGCCAUUUCAGACAUGUUAGGUAGCUUGUACAAAACUCUGGAGAAUAUCUUCAUCAUCUUGUGCAAAAUGGGGUACUUGACACGUCGUGGGGACUUUGAGAAAAAGCUGGAUGAUGCCAUGGAUUCCAUGUUCAUUCUGUCUUUACUGGGGUCAAUUUUCAGCUUGUUAGCUAUUGCAGCAGACAGAUACAUCACUAUCUUCUAUGCUUUGCGGUAUCAUAAUAUCAUGACACUAAGAAGGGCCUUGGUUAUCUUGGCAAUCAUUUGGACGUUCUGUGCUGGCAGUAGCAUUGCCAUUGCCCUCUUCUCCUAUGAAGCAGCAACAGUCAUUCCCUUCACCAUCCUGUUCCCUUUAAUGAUGUUUUUUAUACUGUGUCUUUAUGUCCAUAUGUUCCUCCUGGCUCGAUCUCAUGCUAAAAAGAUCGCCUCACUGCCCACCAGCACAGUCCAUCAGAGAACAAACAUGAAAGGAGCCAUUACACUGACUAUUUUCCUUGGAGUUUUCCUUUGCUGUUGGGCUCCCUUUGUUCUUCACAUCCUCUUAGCAAGGUUUUGUCCACAUAACCCUUACUGUGCCUGCUACAUGUCGAUUUUCCAUGUGAAUGGGACACUCAUAAUGUGCAAUGCUAUCAUCGACCCUAUGAUUUUUGCAUUCCGAAGCCCAGAAUUAAGGAGUACAUUUAAGAAGAUGUUCUGCUGUACCAGGUCAAACUGGAACUGGUAAACUCUUCAUGAAAAUGAAAAUUAUAGGAGCACACCUGUGGGAUGCUGUGCAACAACUUGCAGAGUUAUGCCCAGAGUAAUACUGUGCUUGUAG